AUGCUUAGAUUUGUAGCCAGAAAUCUCAAUAAUGUUUAUAAAUUUUCCGAAUUGUAAAAGUUUGGAGUCUCUUUUCUUGGUUCUGGAAAUGCAGAAUAUUUGGAAAAUCUAUUCGACUAAUGGUACUUGGAUAAUAAAUCAGUCCCUGCCACUUGGGAUUCAUAUUUUAGAUAAGUUUUGGAAUCUAACAAUUUUGAUUUCACUCCUGAGCCAUAAAAUGGAUAGUCAGUUUCUGUUAGAUUAGAUGUAUGAUAAUCCAUAAGAAAUUAGGGGUAAUCAGGUGUAAGGAAAUUAUUAAGUGAUCAUUUCAGAGUGUUGUUACUAAUAAAUAAAUACAGACAUAGAGGACAUGAGAAGUCAUAAGUAGACCCUUUGGAUUUAGAGCAUAUUUAACAAAUAGGCAAAGUAAAAGGAUAUACAAAAUUGGAUUAUAGUGAAUAUUUCACAUAAGAGGAUUUGGAUAGAGAAUUUUAUAUACAUGCUAUAGGAAGCACAGGAAUAACAAAGGACAAAUAAAGUAAUGGAUAAUAUUAAUAAUUAGUGAUGAAAUUAAGAGACCUAAUAAAUUACUUAGAAAAAGCUUAUUGCGGAAAAAUAUCAUAUGAAUAUAUGCAUAUUUAAUCAAAUGAAGAAAGAGAUUGGUUUAGAGAUCAAAUAGAAAAAUAUGAUGAAUUUAUGCCAAGUAAAGAGCAGAAAUUAAAAACUUUUGAAAGGUAUGAAUUAAUAUUUAUGAUUAUAAUAGAUUGGGAUAAGAACAUGCAUUUAGUACAUUUUUAUAGAAGAAAUUUAACACAUCUAAGAGAUUUGGAAUAGAAGGAUGUGAUUCAAUGAUUUCUGGAUUAUAAUCUUUAAUAGAUGCAGCAGCAAGUGCAGGUGCUGAACAUGUUGUAUUUGGAAUGGCACAUAGAGGAAGACUUAAUACACUUUAUAAUGUAUUCUAGAAGUCAGCUGAAGAAAUAAUGGUUGAAUUCUAGGAUUUGAAGAGUACUUUUAAUGAAGAUAUUUGGGGUAAUUCUGGAGAUGUGAAAUAUCAUUUGGGUUCAGUUCAUAAUGUACUUUUUGGAGAUAAGAAAUUAAGAUUAGAAAUGUUACCUAAUCCAUCUCAUUUAGAAACAGUGGAUCCUUGUGUUUAUGGAAAAGUUAGAGCUAUCUAAGAUUAUUUCCAAGAUUCAAAGAGAGAAAAAGCUUUUGGAGUAUUGAUUCAUGGAGAUGCUGCAGUUUCUGGUUAAGGAAUAGUUUAUGAAUCUUUACAAAUGGCAGAUUUAGAAGGUUAUAAAUCAGGUGGAAUUAUUCAUGUUGUUUCAAACAAUUAAAUAGGAUUUACUACUGUUCCUAAAGAUAGCAGAUCUGGAUUGUAUUGCACAGAUAUUGCACAUGCUAUAUCAGCACCUGUUAUUCAUGUUAAUGCUGAUGAACCUGAAUUAGUUGAUAAAGUGUUUAAGAUUGCAACUGAAUAUAGAUAUAAAUUUAAGAGAGAUAUCUUUAUUGAUUUAGUAGGAUAUAGAAGAUAUGGACAUAAUGAAUAAGAUUAACCUAAAUUCACUUAACCUAUAAUGUAUGAAAAAAUUGAUAAGACUCCACCUGUCUUUAUAAAAUAUAGUGAUAAGUUGAUUGCUCAAGGUAUUGUAACCAAAGAACAAGUGGAUAAUUUGAUGAAAACUCAUGAAGACAAUCUUGAACUAGCUUAUUAGAAAUCUAGAAAAAUGGAUUAUAAUCUUAAAGAUUGGUAACCUGUGCCAUGGGAAAUGAUUAAAGUCCCAGUUCUUUGGGGAAGAAUUAAAGAUACUGGUGUUCCUUUGAAUGUUUUAAAAACAUUAGGGGAAAAAAUUAAUAAGAUUCCAAAUGAAUUUAAUGCCCAUCCUUAAAUCAGGAAAUUCUAUGAAGAAAGAUUAUCAUGGAUUCAAAAAGAUUAACCUAUUGAUUUUGCUGCUGCUGAAGCUAUGGCAUUUGGAACUCUUCUUCAUGAAGGAUUCAAUAUUAGAUUAUCUGGAGAAGAUGUAUAAAGAGCUACAUUCUCUCACAGACAUGCUGUUAUUCAUGAUCAAAAAGAUCCUAAUGGUUAAGAUUAUGUUCCUUUACAUUCUGUUAUACCAAAAGGAUAAGAACAUAGGCUCAGUAUUUAUAAUUCUCAUUUGUCCGAAUAUGGAGUUUUGGGUUUCGAUUAUGGUUACUCUAUAACUAAUCCAAACACCUUAGUAUUAUGGGAAGGAUAAUUUGGUGAUUUUGCAAAUGGAGCAUAAAUCAUUAUUGAUAAUUAUAUAGCUAGUGCAGAAUCAAAAUGGGAUGUUGAUAGUGGAUUGGUUAUGUUAUUACCAAAUGGUAUGGAUGGAUAAGGACCAGAACAUAGUUCAGGAAGAGUUGAAAGAUUUUUAUAGUUGAGUGAUGAUGAUCCUGCUGUCUUUGAAAAAAAUCUAGGAGGUAAUAUAUACUUUUUAUAUUUUAUAGUCAGAUUAACUAGAUAGAUGAGAAAUUCAAAUAUGCAAAUUGUUUAAUGUACUACUCCGGCAAAUUAUUUUCAUGCUCUUAGAAGAUAAUUAAGAAGAGAUUUUAGAAAACCAUUAAUUGCUAUGACAUCUAAAAGACUUUUGAGAUUGUAAGCUGCUAAAUCUAAGCUAAUUGAACUUACUACUUAAUUUAAUUAGGUUUAUGAUGAGGCUUUCCCUGAAUUCCUUGUAGAACCAAAUCAAGUUAAAAGAGUUAUUUUGUGUUCUGGACAAGUUUAUUAUGAUCUUAUUAAAAAAAGAGAAGAACUUAAAUAAAAUGUAAUUCUAUCUCAUAUAUUAUUAUUAUAGAAUGUGGCAAUCUUAAGAAUUGAAUAGUUAGCUCCAUUUCCUUAUGAAUUUUUACAAAAAAUUAUUGGCAAAUACAAUAAAGCAGAAUUUGUUUGGGUCUAAGAAGAGCAUAUGAAUUAUGGCCCUUGGGCAUUUGUUAGACCAAGAAUUCAAAGUGUAUUGGCCAAAACUACAAAUAUAUCUAAUUCCCCUAUUUAAUAUAUUGGCAGGAAACCAAGUGGAUCACCAGCUACAGGUUUUCAUUAAUUACAUGAAAAGGAAAUAUAGACUCUAUUAUAAAAGGCAUUUGAAAUUUGAU